CGGUCCUCGACCUUGUUUCGGUGGCCUUCAUCGUAUGUUUGCUACAAAAUAAUCAGUUGAGCGCAAUGCAGCAAGAUAGAAACGAUACGCACAGAGUCGAUAGAUCCUCCUUGGAACGACAUACAGUACUUGGUAGUACCGUAGCUAGCUCGCAUGAUCUCACGUCCUCCUCCAGGAGACGCAGUACCAUCGACCGCGGCAAUCGCCCGAGCCGCGUCCUCUCGCCGAUGGUACGUGAUAUACAGACCAAUCACGGGUGCCCCGCCACCGGAAGGAGUGCGCUUCGUGAGCAGAAUCUUCGUGAUCUUGCCGUACUGCCCAAAGUACUCGUUGGAUCUCAACGUGGGGAUGAGCUGGAUGAACGGAAAGGAAGUUAUCGGUCAGCUGUCCGAGGGUACUGCCACGCUAGCACGCACUUCUUCCUUGGCAAAGCGGGGUCCGAUGCCUACGACGUAGACCACGUUACGCUGCACUACGCGUACGUUGGCCAGAUGGCGUCGGCCGAGGGCAUCGAGUUCCUUGCGCUCCCGCUCGCGCUGUUUCUUCUGCUGCGUGAGACGCUUGUGGCUGUGAGACGAGAUGAGAGCUUGUAAUAUGAGACGGACGAGGCUGUGUCG